AUGGCUCUCAACAAUGCCAUCCUUGGUUUCACUAUGUGUCUUGCUCUUGUGGCCUCAUGCAUUGCUCAAUCACCUUCUGCUGCCCCUACAACCACACCAGCUCCACCAACAAUAGCUACACCACCUACAACUGUGGCAGCACCACCUCCUGUCUUGACUCCUCCACCAGUUUCUUCGCCGCCUCCAUCUUUGACUCCUUCUCCAGUGUCUGUACCAUCAAUAUCACCUGGACUUGCACCUUCACCACCUGCACCUAUUGCACCUUCUCCUAUCACUACUACUGGAACGGCACCCUCACCGAGUGUGGCUGCGCCGCCUAUUGGAGCUCCGGUGGGAUCGAAUCCAGCCUCCGGUGCAUCUCUACAUGGAAGUAGCUUUGCCUUGCUAGCAUUGUUUGGAGGAGUUGCAGUCCUUGUCUAG